AUGGCCUCUCAAGAUAUUCCAGGCCAAAUUCAUAAACCCAUAGAGGACCCUCUUCCUGGCUUUCCAGAUCCUGCAGAGCAACUUAAACCUUCAGAGGCAACCACCAUCUGUAAACAAGCACUACCAGCUGCCAGUUUGCCUCCUGGUUUGGAAUACCUACGCCAGCUGGACCAGAUAAUAAUUCACCAACAAGUGGAGCUUCUUCAAGUUAUACUUGGCACUGAGACCUGCAGCAAGUAUGAGAUAAAAAACCACAUGGGACAAAGAGUUUACUUUGCAGUAGAGGAAAAUGGUUGCUUUGAUCGUAACUUCUGCUCACCUUUACGGUCCUUCACCAUAAGAAUUACAGACAACGCUGGUCAAGAAGUUAUCACUGUAAACAGACCCUUAAGAUGUAACAGCUGCUGGUUUCCAUGUUAUCUGCAAGAGUUAGAAGUUCAGUCUCCUCCUGGGACCACAGUUGGCUACGUGAUACAAAAAUGGGACCCCUUUCUGCCAAAAUUCACUAUCAGGAAUGAGAGCAACGAAGAUGUGCUGAAGAUCAUAGGCCCUUAUGCAACAUGUGGUUGCUUUGGAGACGUUGAUUUUGAGGUAAAAUCUCUAAAUGAGAUGUCUACCAUUGGCAAGAUUUCCAAGUAUUGGUCUGGUUUUGUCAAUAACAUCUUUACCAAUACAGCCAACUUUGGUAUCCAGGUUCCUGUAGAUCUGGAUGUAAAAAUCAAAGCAGUAAUGAUUGGUGCUUGCUUCCUUCUAGACUUAAUGUUCUUUGAGAACUCCUUAGAUGGAUUGUAA